AUGCCCAUCCAGAUCUUCUGCUCUGUGUCAUUCUCCUCUGGAGAGGAGGCCCCAGGGCCCUUGGGAGAUGUUUGGGGUCCCCACCAGCGGCGACAGCGGGACAACUCAGAAUCAGAAGAGGAGGGAGAAGAGAAGGAAAAGGAGGCAGAGAGGAAGGGGGCCAGAGAGGGGGACUUACCGACGGACUUGGUGGCCUUUGCCAGCAGCUGCACCCUUCAUGGAGCCAGCCACAUCUUUGUGGAAGGGGGUCCAGGGCCACGGCAGGCCCUGUGGGCAGCGGCCUUUAUCCUGGCACUGGGUGCCUUCUUGUGCCAGGUCGGGGAUCGAGUUGCCUAUUACCUCAGCUACCCACAUGUGACUCUGCUAGAUGAAGUGGCCACGACGGAGCUGGCCUUCCCGGCGGUCACCCUCUGCAACACCAAUGCCGUGCGGCUGUCCCAGCUCAGCUAUCCCGACUUGCUCUACCUGGCCCCCAUGCUGGGGCUGGAUGAAAGCGAUGACCCCGGGGUGCCCCUCGCCCCACCGGGGCCCGAGGCCUUCUCUGGGGAGCCCUUUAACUUGCACCGCUUCUACAAUCGCUCCUGCCACCGGCUGGAGGACAUGCUGCUCUAUUGCUCCUACUGCGGGGGGCCCUGUGGCCCUCACAACUUCUCAGUGGUCUUCACACGGUAUGGAAAGUGCUACACGUUCAACUCUGGCCGAGAUGGACGUCCCAGGCUGAAGACCAUGAAGGGUGGGACGGGCAAUGGGCUGGAGAUCAUGCUGGACAUUCAGCAGGACGAGUACCUGCCCGUGUGGGGGGAGACCGAUGAGACGUCCUUCGAAGCGGGCAUCAAAGUGCAGAUCCACAGUCAGGAUGAACCUCCCUUCAUCGACCAGCUGGGCUUUGGUGUAGCCCCAGGGUUCCAGACCUUUGUGGCCUGUCAAGAGCAGCGGCUCAUCUACCUGCCCCCGCCCUGGGGCACCUGCAAAGCUGUUACCAUGGACUUGGAUUUCUUCGACUCCUACAGCAUUACCGCCUGCCGCAUCGACUGUGAGACCCGCUACCUGGUGGAGAACUGUAACUGCCGCAUGGUGCACAUGCCAGGGGAUGCCCCAUACUGCACUCCAGAGCAGUACAAGGAGUGUGCAGAUCCUGCCCUGGACUUCCUGGUGGAGAAGGACCAGGAGUACUGUGUGUGUGAAAUGCCCUGCAACUUGACUCGCUAUGGCAAGGAGCUGUCCAUGGUCAAGAUCCCCAGCAAAGCAUCAGCCAAGUACCUGGCCAAGAAGUUCAACAAGUCUGAGCAGUACAUAGGGGAGAACAUCCUGGUGCUGGACAUUUUCUUUGAAGUCCUCAACUAUGAGACCAUUGAGCAGAAGAAGGCCUAUGAGAUUGCAGGACUCCUGGGUGACAUUGGAGGCCAGAUGGGUCUGUUCAUCGGGGCCAGCAUCCUCACUGUGCUGGAGCUCUUCGACUACGCCUACGAGGUGAUAAAACACAAGCUGUGCAGACGAGGCAAGUGCCAGAAGGAGGCCAAACGGAGCAGCGCGGACAAGGGCGUGGCCCUCAGCCUGGAUGACGUCAAAAGACACAACCCGUGUGAGAGUCUCCGGGGCCAUCCUGCCGGGAUGACGUAUGCUGCCAACAUCCUACCUCACCAUCCGGCCCGAGGCACUUUUGAGGACUUUACCUGCUGAGCCCCGCAGGCCGCUGUACCAAAGGCCCAGAUGGGGAGGGCUAGGAGAGCAAGGGGGCCCCCAGCUGCCCCACCCUGGGGACUCACUCCCCCAUCUAAGGCAGCCCCCCACUCAUGGGCGGUCCUUUCCUCUUGUCUUCUGUGGUGAGGAAGGAGUCUUGACCGUAGAGUCCUCUCCCUGCCUCUAUCCCAUUCUUUUUUUUUUUCUUUUUUUUUUUUUAACAAAACUAAUCUAAAACAGAAACUAAAAAGAGGGAAUGGGGCGAGUGACCUCAGGCUGCCCCUCUCUGCUCCAUGCUGCCUCCCACAGCUCCCAGCCUGAAUUCUGUCUGUCUGGCUGGCUGUCAUCUGAGUGUCCACCUACAUUUUGCUGCCACCAGUCACCAAAGCCCCCUCCCAGUGGGGGGUGGAGGGGAUCCUCGGGGUCUGGAAUUUGGCCCCAAACCAGAGAAUGUA